GUAGUCUGUGAUCUCUACGCGGUGGUUGUAGAAAGUAUUUCUUCAAAAUGCUGCUCAAAGGCAUUCUUCUAUUAGUUUCCAUUGCUCAAAUAGCAGCAGAUUUCAAAUCGAUUGGCAUUGAACAAGCUCCCUGGCAGGCUUCCGUUCAAAUAAACGACAAACAUCACUGCGGAGGAGUGAUAUACAGCGAAGAUAUCAUCCUGACCAUUGCCGAGUGUGUGAGAAAGGCCAGAUUGGAAUUCAUCUCGGUGCGAGUGGGGUCUGCCCAGGAAAACGCCGGUGGCACUGUGCUGAAGGUCGAGAAGAUGAGGCUGCAAGUACUUGGCCUGCGUCCCAGUGAUGUGGCCAUACUCCAGCUGAGAUCGCCGCUGUACUUGGACGGCGGAAUUCGGGCCAUUCCCUUGGCCACCAUACCAUUAGUGCCGGGAACGAAUGCCUCCGUUUCGGGUUGGGGUCAACUCUCUGCCAUGAAUCCUUCGUCGGAAGUUUUACUGAGAGUCGAUGUAAAAAUCCAAGAUCAAUUGAUGUGCGCGACAAACCUUGCUCUGAAGGGCAGACUUAUGAGUGUGGGCGAGAUCUGCGCAGCACCUGCGGGAGAAAUUCCCUACGCCUGUCAAGGAUUCGUCGGCGGUCCUUUGGUUGCCAAUAAUCGGCUGUAUGGAAUCCUUUCCUGGCAAAGUGCCUGCGACGUCCUCAAUAAAUCUAGUGUCUAUGCCAAUAUCGCGAUGUUCAAAGUGUGGAUUGAAUCCACUGUUAAGCUAAUGAAUUUCUUCAGAAUAGGCUAGGCAUUUUAAAACGACCUUUAAAAUAUACGUUUAAAAAAUCAACAGUUUGUGCUGCACAAAAUUGGUCAAAUUGUUUUCGCUCAACCAUAAAACGCACACACAUCGUUUUUUAUUUGCUGGUUUCGCUGCGAAAUUGAAAUUUAAUUCAUUUGCAUUUUUUCUAUGAUCUGGGAGAGAGCGGCACAGAUGAACAUUAUUAAUACGGCCCAUAAGCCCAAUAAAUGCUCAUGAUUCCCCGCGUUGUUCUCAU